GGCGGCUGAGGAUCAUGGCCAGGGCCGGAAUGGAGCGGUGGCGCGACCGGCUGGCCCUGGUGACGGGGGCCUCGGGGGGCAUCGGCGCGGCGGUGGCCCGGGCCCUCGUCCAGCAGGGACUGAAGGUGGUGGGCUGUGCCCGCACCGUCGGCAACAUCGAGGAGCUGGCUGCUGAAUGUAAGAGUGCAGGCUACCCCGGGACUUUGAUCCCCUACAGAUGUGACCUGUCAAAUGAAGAGGACAUUCUCUCCAUGUUCUCGGCUGUCCGCUCUCAGCACAGCGGUGUGGACAUUUGCAUCAACAACGCCGGCUUGGCCCGCCCUGACACCCUGCUCUCAGGCAGCACCAGUGGCUGGAAGGACAUGUUCAAUGUGAAUGUACUGGCCCUCAGCAUCUGCACGCGGGAAGCCUACCAGUCCAUGAAGGAGCGGAAGGUGGAUGACGGGCACAUCAUUAACAUCAACAGCAUGUCUGGCCACCGAGUGGUACCCCAGUCUGUGGUCCAUUUCUAUAGUGCUACCAAAUAUGCCGUCACCGCGCUGACUGAGGGACUGAGGCAAGAACUUCGGGAGGCCCAGACCCACAUCCGCGCCACGUGCAUAUCUCCAGGAUUGGUGGAGACACAGUUUGCCUUCAAACUGCACGACAAGGAUCCUGAGAAGGCAGCUGCCACCUAUGAGCAGAUAAAGUGUCUCAAACCUGAAGAUGUGGCCGAGGCUGUCCUCUACGUCCUCAGCACCCCCCCACAUGUCCAGAUUGGAGACAUCCAGAUGAGACCCACCGAGCAGGUGACCUAGUUUCCUGUGGGGAGCUCCUCUCAUCAUCCCUCAUGACUUGGUUCCUGCCUCUGAUUUUGGGUGUUGAUUUUUGGACCCCUGGAGUCUACUUCUUCUCCCUGCUCCCACUAGGAACUAGCAAAUUUAUUUGAGGUUUUUAUAUUUUGUCAUUGUUUCUACUAUGAAUGUGAAAAGUUGGCUGGGGAGAGGAGGUGGUGUCUGGUUGUUUUACCUGUUAACUUGUUCUUGGUCCCCUUCUUGGGCUCCUUGGCCCUUGUUUGCUCUUCUUGGUCUCUUUCCUUUAACCUGGGGGAAAGACAGUGGCCCAAAACAGGGCUUUCCCCUAUCGUCUUGCACCUUGCCCCAGCCCCUCAGGGAUUAGGUGACACAGAGAUGCCCUCACCUACCUGCAUGGUUAUUCGGGGCUCCAGGCCUCCUCCUUUUCCUGCCCCGCUGCCCCCACUGCCCCUUCUCUCCCCCUUCCCAGUUCUCUAGCCCAAUCUUGAUUUCUCUGUCUCCUAGUGGGGUCAUCACUCCGCUCUGGCUAUAGCAGCAAAAUAGGAGGGCCUGCCUGCCAAGUGGAUUUCACUAUGAUAAUUAAAAAAGACAAAUUGUUAACAACCAACCAUGGCUUCAGGAGUGCCUUUCAUUCUUCCCCCUUCUGUUUCCAGAGUGCUUCUGUCAGAACAUUUACAGGUGGGUGGAGAGGGCAUCAACCCUAGAUCACCUUAGGUAGCAGGAAUGGACUUGGGUCUUGAAAACAGGUAGGAGUUUGCCAGCCAGAGAAAGAAGACACAUGUGCAUGUCUUUGAGGCACAAAAGAACAUGUAGUGUGCCAGCAACAUAAGAACUAGUGCAGGAGUGAGGUGGGGCUGAUCAAGUAGCUCCUACCCAGAUUAUAGGGGUCUGAGUGCUGAGAAGUCUAGCCAUUUGCAGGACAAGUGUGGCCAAGGGCACCAGUUGGUUGGUCAGCCAGUGCAUACAGAGCUGUCGCCAGAGCCUCAGAGGCCAUUGGGUAGGAAGUUAUUGCUAGGAACCUGCUGUCUGAGGUGCUGAGAGGUUCACAGACAGUAGAAGUGCAGAAAGGGGCUGAUGCAGAAGCUUCUGAGGAAAAUCACUAGCCCCUGGUGGUGGACUGGAUAUGGGGAGAGACACCAGGACUUAGCUGGUUGAACAGGAGAGCCCCUCAAGUGCCCCUUGAUGGUGCCUGAAUGAAUGCCGCCCUCCAGCCUCCAGGGACCACUAAGGCUCAGAAUGCAGGUGGAGAAAGGUCAGCAGCAGCGCCCCUGCCAGGCUAGCGGCAAAGAA